GAUGCCUCCCCAUUGAACGAAGAGAAGCUCUUUACACAACGAAAUGAAGCUCUCUCGCUCUUACCGGCAUUUCUCAAACCCUAAUUUCUUCUCAAAGCACAGAAACUUCUGUGCCUCCAACAACCUCACCUCCCAAGAUAACGAUGACAAAGAAAAUUCCCUUUUCAUCUCUAACCUUGAACGCAUCAUACGGGGAAGACGGAGCUGGAAGAUGGCCUUAAACGACCCUUUCAUUUGGAGCAAUUUGAAGCCUCACCACGUUGAACAGCUCUUGAUCCGAACCAUUGAUGACUCACGAUUAGCUUUGAGGUUCUUCAAUUUCCUUGGAUUGCACAAGAAUUUCCACCAUUCAACGACGUCGUUUUGUAUAUUGAUUCAUGCACUGGUCCAGGCUAACCACAUCUGGCCUGCCUUUUCCCUCCUGCAAACUCUCCUCCUUCGGGAGCCAAAGUCAAACGAUGUUUUUUCUGCCUUUUUGAGGUGUUAUAAGAAAUACGAGUUCUGUUCUAGCGUAGCUUUUGAUUUGUUGAUUCAAAAUUACGUGCAAAAUAAGAGAGUUUUUGACGGCGUUACAGUGUUUAAGCUCAUGAGGAAGUGUUCUUUGUUGCCUGAAGUGAGGACUUUGAGUUUACUUUUGAAUGGACUGGUGAAAAUUAGACAAUUUGGUGUAGCUUUAGAAUUCUUUAAUGAGAUUGUCGAUGUAGGUAUUCGUCCUGAUGGAUAUAUAUACACAGGGGUGAUCCGGAGUUUGUGUGAAUUGAAGGAUUUUGUUAGAGCAAAUGAAAUUAUUCGGUUAAUGGAGUCAGAUGGUUGUGAUUUGAAUGUUGUGGCUUAUAAUGUGUUGAUUCAUGGACUCUGCAAGAACCAGAGAGUUUCGGAGGCUGUUGAGGUAAAGAAUAGCCUGGUUUCGAAAGGACUGAGAGCUGACACAGUGACUUACUGCACUUUGGUGCUUGGUUUAUGUAAAGUGCUAGAGCUUGAGGUGGGCCUGGAGCUGAUGAAUGAAAUGUUGGAGUUUGGUUUUGUCCCAAGUAACUCUGCAGUAUCAGGACUUGUCGAAGGAUUGAGGAAGAAGGGGAAGAUAGAAGAGGCUCUCAAAUUGGUGAAUAGAGUUCGGUUAGUUGGCGCAUCCCCUAAUUUGUUUGCAUAUAAUGCGUUGUUGGAUUCAUUGUGCAAAGAUGGGAAAUUUGAUGAAGCAGAGUUGCUUUUUAAUGAAAUGGGAGAAAGAUGUUUGUGCCCAAAUCAUGUAACUUACUCAAUUUUGAUUGAUUCUUUUUGUAGAAGGGGGAAAAUGGAUACGGCAGUUUGUUUUCUUGGUAAAAUGAGUAAUCCAGGGAUACAGUUGACUGUCUAUCCCUACAAUUCUCUGAUAACUGGGUACUGCAAGUUGGGAAACCUGAAUGCAGCAGAGUGUUUCUUUGCUGAGAUGAUUGAUAAAGGAUUGGCCCCAACUGUGGUGACUUAUACAUCAUUGAUCAGUGGGUGUUGCAGUGAAGGAAAAUUCCACAAGGCAUUUAGGCUUUAUCAUGAGAUGACAGGGAAGGGCAUUUCUCCAAAUGUAUACACCUUCACUACAUUGAUUUCUGGUUGUUGCCGGGCAAAUAUGAUGGCAGAGGCUAUUAGGUUGUUUGAUGAAAUGGUGGAACGAGAAAUUAAGCCCACUGAAGUAACUUAUAAUGUAAUAAUUGAAGGAUAUUGUAAGGAAGGCAACAUAACAAAGGCAUUUGAGUUUCUUCAUGAAAUGAUAGAAAAAGGACUUGAACCUGAUUCAUAUAAUUACAGGCCUUUAGAUCACCGGAUCAAGCGGGAGGCUUCUUUUGCAAAGAAAAUGCUGGUUAGUAAUUCACCCUUCCUAAAUCAGGUAACUUACGGUUGCUUUAUUGACCAUCUUACUCGGGAAGGAAACAUGGAGAAAGCUGUACAGCUUCAUAAUGCCAUGCUUGAUGGAUUUUUAGCAAACACCGUUACAUAUAAUAUGCUUAUCCGGGGGUUUUGCAAACUGGGUAAGCUUCAGGAGGCUGCUGAUCUCUUAGCUGGAAUGACUGAAAAUGGUAUAUUUCCAGAUUGUAUUACUUAUUCUACAAUAAUCUUUGAAUAUUGUAGAAGAAGGGAUUUAGAAAAAGCGGUUGAAUUAUGGGACUCUAUGCUAGAUAAAGGUCUAAGACCUGAUAGAUUAGCAUAUACGUUUUUGAUAUAUGGUUGCUGUGUUACAGGAGAACUCGCUAAGGCUUUUGAAUUACGGGAUGACAUGAUAAGAAGGUUUGAGAAGUCAAAUGUGAUUAGAGAUGAUGCUCUUACUCAUGGUCUUCAUUGAAAAGACCUCGUCAUUUUUAGGGAUGCUAGAUAAUUGUCCUCGAGAAUGUUACUCAUUGGCCCAAACCGAACCGAAAUUGUUGGUCAUUUGGAGGCCAGACAACUUUCAUUCAUUAAGUUUAUAUUUUUUGGAGAGGUUUUGGUGACAAGUUCCCAUGGAACUCUCAUUGAACUUCAACUAUUCAAUGCUACCUUGGGCGAAAGAUAAAUCUUAGCUCACCAUUUCCUUUUUUUUUUCGUGUAGAUGAGUCUACCUUGUAAAUUUAGCAGAUUUCAGUGAGUUGUAUCAUAUGAUUAGGAUGACUGACCCUAGAGAAACCCUUACCAACUACCUUGUUCUUUUAGAUCAUUGUAAUUAGCCAUCAAGAUCUAGAGCUACUCUUUACCCCAUUCAAGGAUAUUAAGCUGUAGAUUUGUUGUAACAAAACUGAUAAUUUAUAAUAUCUUUUUUU